GUGAAAAUUUUCUGAAUCCGCCAAUGGAUGCUGGUGAGGAUGUCGACAAAAUCAGGUCGGUCGAAGUUGGGGAUUUUGAGGGUGGCGGCGGAAAUAUUAGGGAUUUGGGUUCAUCGGCGCCGUCUAAUACUGGGUGUGCAAUUUUCAGCGCAAUUUCAGCAGGAGAGGACGAAGAGGAAGAUGAGCAAGCAGAACACGAGGAGAUGCGAGAAGCCAAUCCUUCGAUCGAGAUCCAUCUUUGAUUCCGUAGCUCUCGUCAUCUUCCUGGCGGGAUCGUACUGGAAAGAUAAGGAAAAAGGCGAAGGGAUGAUGCUGAGAGGCGAGGAGGUGAGUGGUUUUUGCAAUUGUGUCGAGGGCAGAACUCGAGCUGUGCCGGUGAUGGUUUCGGAUCUAUGGAGUGUGGGAUCCAGUAGUUCAGCAUUGGUUGGCUCCUUCGAGUUCGUCGAUGACGACGGCGGAGAGGAAGAAACAACUAAGGGGUCGUUUGGAAGUUGCGAAUGUUAGAUCGUUGCAUUGUAAUGAAUCACCAUGAUAUAAAUAUAUGUAUUGAUACAAUGGAUGCAUUUGAACAAUACAUUGUUUGGUUGUUGAGAUUCUAUUUUAUGCAUUGAUUUACAUAAAAUUACUUUUAUGGGGAAAUGUCACAUUUACCCUCAACUUUUAGAAUAAGACAAAAACUAUUAU